AUGAACUUCAGUGCUGCAAAUCACCGUAUACCUCUCAGUGAUGGAAACAGCAUUCCUGUCAUCGGACUUGGUACCUACGCACCACCUAAAAGGACUCCUAAGGGGACCUGUGCUAUAGCAGUGAAGGCUGCUAUUGAUGUGGGAUACCAGCACUUUGACGGGGCCUUCCUCUAUGAGAAUGAGCAUGAAGUGGGUGAGGCCAUCAGAGAGAAGAUGGCAGAGGGAAAGGUGCAGAGAGAGAAUAUCUUCUACUGCGGAAAGUUAUGGGCUACAAGUCUUACCCCAGAGAUGGUCCGCCCCACCUUGGAAAGGACACUCAGGACCCUCCAGUUAGAAUAUGUGGAUCUUUAUAUCAUUGAAAUACCCAUGGCUUUUAAGCCUGGAGAUGACGUUUAUCCUAAAGAUGAGAAUGGUAAAUUUAUAUAUCAUAAGACAGAUCUGUGUGCCACUUGGGAGGCUUUGGAAGCCUGCAAAGAUGCUGGCUUGGUGAAAUCCCUGGGAGUAUCCAACUUUAACCGCAGGCAGCUGGAACUCAUCCUGAAUAAACCAGGGCUCAAAUAUAAACCGGUCAGCAACCAGGUGGAGUGUCAUCCAUAUUUCACCCAGCCUAAGCUCUUGCAAUUUUGCCGACGACAUAACAUUGUCAUUGUUGCCUACAGUCCUUUGGGCACUUCAAGGGAUCCCGGGUGGGUGAAUACUUCUAUCCCUCCUAUGUUAGAGGAUGCAUAUCUCACCUCAUUGGGGAAAAAGUACAAUAAGACAGCAGCUCAGAUUGUUCUGCGCUUCAACAUCCAGCGAGGAGUGGUUGUCAUUCCUAAAAGCUUUAACCCUGAAAGGAUCAGAGAAAACUUUCAAAUCUUUGAUUUUUCUCUCACUGACGAAGAAAUGCAGAAGGUUGAAGCCUUGAAUAAAAAUAUCCGAUUCGUGCAAAUGCUCAUGUGGAGUGACCAUCCUGAAUACCCAUUUCAUGAGGAAUACUGA